CCUCGUUGAAACCUUCAAUGUGUGUGUGUGAUGCAACACGUAUACUCGUCAAGGUCAGGUUAACCAUGCACCUUGGCACGGUGUUCACCCUUCUUCCAGUGAUGCUGCUCCUCAAAGCGCAUCCAGGCUGCUCGCUCCAGGAGAUCCAAACCACCCGGGAGACCCUGUCCAAGAUCAACGCGGCUGGAGAGAUGAUGGAGUGCUCUGCACCGAUGGACGUGGUCUUCCUAUUGGACGGCUCCUACAGCGUGGGGAAAGGAAGCUUCGAGCGGUCGCGCCACUACGCCCUCAGACUGAGCCGGGUCAUGGACAUCGGACCGGACAAGGUGCGUGUGGGUGUGGUUCAGUUUGGCUCCUCCCCUCGGCUGGAGAUCUCUCUGGAUGAAUGUUCUACCACAGAGGAACUGACCAAACGCUUGAAGAAGAUAACCUACAGGGGUGGCAGCACCCAGACGGCCCAGGCCUUCCAGUACCUCCUGAGGAAGGGCUUCCCCGGGGGCCGCAACUCCUCGGUUGUGUCGCGGGUGGCGGUCCUCCUGUCGGACGGCCGGUCCCAGGAGGGCUUCUCCAAGGGGGGGCUGGUCCAGGCGGCCUCCCAGCUCAAGGAGAGCGGGGUGGUGCUCUUCGCUGUGGGCCUGCGCCACCCCAGAUGGGAGGAGCUACACAAGCUGGCCAGUGCACCAAUGGAGAGCCACGUCUUCUUCGCAGAGCAUUUCUCAGACGCCGUGAACGGCCUGUGCACCACGCUGACCUCCUCGUCCGUCUGUGAUGCCACACCAACAGGCUGCCAGGAGCGCUCGUACCCAUGUGAGAGGAAGACUCUGGAGAAGGUGAAGGAGCUGCACGGGAACUUCAUGUGCUGGAAGGGGGCCAUGGGCGCCUCCACCUACACCUCCCUGUGUCCACACUACAAGUACACAAAGGCUUACACAAGGCACCAGACAGUCUGUCAUCGAACCAUAUGCCCAGAUCCAUGUGACUCUGAGCCCUGUAUGAACGGGGGGACGUGUGUGUCCGAGGGUCCGGAGGGCUACCGCUGUGUCUGUACCCCGGGGUACGGGGGAGACCCCCACUGUGCCCCUGCGCUCUCUUUGGACUGCUCCGUGGACCUGCUCUUCCUGGUGGAGGGCUCGGCCAUGCUGGGGAUGGAGGGCUUCCUGCGCCUCAAGGCCUUCCUCAAGCGCUUCCUGCAGACCGUCAUGGCCUCGGACACGCCCACUAAGGUGGGGCUGGCCGUGUUCGGGCGCGAGGUGCGCGUGGAGGCCCAGGUGGGCCGCUUCCGGGGGGACGUGCGGGGGCUGCUGGCGGCGGUGGACGGCAUGCAGCCGGUGGGCGGGCCCACGCGGGCGGGCCAGGCGCUGCGCCACGUCACGGGCCACGGCUUCCUGAGCGCGCCGGUGUUCGCCGACGUGACGGACGACCUGCCGCGCGUGGUGGUGCUGCUGACCGCCACGGCCUCGGCCGACGAGGUGCUGGAGCCCGCGCGCUACGCCCGCGACCGCGAGACCUUCCUGAUCGGCGUGGGGCCCGAGCGGCUCCGGGGCCAGCUGGACAACGUCACGGGGAACCCCCAGCGCACGCUGACGUACUCCGGGGCCGGGGGCCUCAACGCCAAGAUCCCCGAGCUGACGGCCAAGAUCUGCAGCGUGGACAACCAAGGCUGCCUGGGCCGCGCCCUGGACCUGGUGCUGGUGGUGGACGCCUCGGCCGGCGUGGGCCGGGACAACUUCGCCACGCUGAAGGAGUUUGUGCGCGGCGUCACCGUGCAGUUCGACGUCAACCGCGACCUGGCGCAGGUGGCGCUGGUGACCUACGGCCGCCGCGCCGGCACCGAGUUCCCGCUGGACGCCCACGCCUCGGGCUCGGCCGUGCUGGCGGCCGUGGGCGAGGCGCGCUACACGGGCGGCGCCGCCUCCCUGGGCGCCGCCCUGCUGCACCUGCGCGCCGAGGUGCUGACGGCGGGCGGCGGCGCGCGGCCCGGCGUGCACCGGGCGGCGGUGGUGCUGACGGACGGCGCCGGCGGCGAGGACGCGGCCGUGCCGGCCCAGCGUCUCCGUGACGACGGCGUGGCGGUGUUCGUGGUGGGCGUGGGCGACAUGCAGCGGGAGCGGCUGCUGCGCGUGGCGGGCGCCGAGGAGCGUGUGAUGGCGGUGCCCUUCUACGAGGACCUCAAGUACUUUGAGGACGUGCUGGUGCAGAUGCUCUGCGCCGAGCUGAAGAAACCAAUGGACCCGUGUAAGCCCAACCCUUGCAUGAAUGACGGGAUCUGCAGCCUAUUAGGAGGGAGCUUCCGCUGCGAUUGCCGGGACUUUGAGGGACCUCAGUGUGAAACCAAGAGCCGCUGGUCCAGGGGGGACCAGCCCAGACCAGACCCUCAAGAGAGGAGGACCAAGGGGGACCAGCCCAGACCGGACCACCAAGAGAGGAGGACCAAGGGGCACCAGCCCAGACCGGACCCCCAAGAGAGGAGGACCAAGGGGCACCAGCCCAGACCGGACCACCAAGAGAGGAGGACCAAGGGGGACCAGCCCAGACCGGACCCCCAAGAGAGGAGGACCAAGGGGGACCAGCCCAGACCGGACCACCAAGAGAGGAGGACCAAGGGGGACCAGCCCAGACCGGACCCCCAAGAGAGGAGGACCAAGGGGGACCAGCCCAGACCGGACCCCCAGGAGAGGAGGAGCAGGGGGGACCAGCCCAGACCGGACCCCCAGGAGAGGAGGACCAGGGGGGACCAGCCCAGACCGGACCCCCAGGAGAGGAGGACCAGGGGGGACCAGCCCAGACCGGACCCCCAAGAGAGGAGGACCAAGGGGGACCAGCCCAGACCGGACCCCCAAGAGAGGAGGAGCAGGGGAGACCAGCCCAGACCGGACCCCCAAGAGAGGAGGACCAGGGGGGACCAGCCCAGACCAGACCCCCAAGAGAGGAGGACCAAGGGGCACCAGCCCAGACCAGACCCCCAAGAGAGGAGGACCAAGGGGGACCAGCCCAGACCGGACCCCCAAGAGAGGAGGACCAAGGGGCACCAGCCCAGACCGGACCCCCAAGAGAGGAGGACCAAGGGGGACCAGCCCAGACCGGACCCCCAAGAGAGGAGGACCAAGGGGGACCAGCCCAGACCGGACCCCCAAGAGAGGAGGACCAAGGGGGACCAGCCCAGACCGGACCCCCAAGAGAGGAGGACCAAGGGGCACCAGCCCAGACCGGACCCCCAAGAGAGGAGGACCAAGGGAGACCAGCCCAGACCGGACCCUCAAGAGAGGAGGAGCAGGGGGGACCAGCCCAGACCGGACCCCCAAGAGAGGAGGAGCAGGGGAGACCAGCCCAGACCGGACCCCCAGGAGAGGAGGAGCAGGGGAGACCAGCCCAGACCGGACCCCCAAGAGAGGAGGACCAGGGGGGACCAGCCCAGACCGGACCCCCAAGAGAGGAGGACCAGGGGGGACCAGCCCAGACCGGACCCCCAGCAGAGGAAGGGCAGUCCGGAGGGGAGGAGCCAUGCGAUGCUGCUGAGCCACUACAAGCUGCACCGCAGGAGGCAGGCCGGACACAAGGCCUGA